AUGAAUAUAAAGAAAACUUACACUGUAGUUAAUUACUUUGAAAGUAAAAAUACGCAAUAAUAAUAAAUUUCAAAAAGGAGUCUUUUUAACCACACCCUACUUUGUACAUCAGGAAUAUAUAAAAAUAAGUCUAUUAAUUUAUCAACAGAUGGAGAGGUUUUUGGUUCUGGAACUGAUAAAAAUAUAUCUAUGAUUAUUCACCAAGCUAAUCUCGCAGAAAUACACUCUUAUUUUGAAUACGAUGCUUCAUUAGACACUUUUAGUCUUAUUCAUGUAGGAGGGAAUACAUUUUAUUCACCAUUUACUUAACAAUUUAGAUAAUUAUUGUCUACUAUCAAUAAAAAUACUUACAUGAUUGAAGGGCAUUUAUUUAAAAUAGAAUAAGGAAGUUAAAUCAAAGCUAUCGAAGCAUUUAAAAAAAUUCAUAAAGACUCUAUAUUUAUUAAAAAUUACAUGUUUGAGUAAGAUUCUAAGCUAAGUGAUUUAAAAGAUUUUUUGAUAAAAAAGCUAUAAGAAAAAUAUGAUGAUAAAUCUUUUUAUUGUGAGCUUGAUUUACUAAUAAAGUCAAUAGAUAUUGUAAUUAAUUCUAAUUAUAAUUUUGAAUAUAACUUAAAAUUUGAAGAUAAAAUUCUUGGUGAUAUAACAGUUGAUUGGUUAGGAAUUAGCAUAAAUAACAAGUAUUAAAUAAUAUAAAAUAUUGAUAACUUGAUAUUUUAGUAAUAAAUAAUUUAAAAUAAAAUAAACUCAUAGACUAGUAAUGAGCUAAUUAAUAACUCUUCAUAACUUUAAGAGAAUAGCUAAAGUUUAGUAUUUAGCAAUUUAAGUAUUUCAGUGAUUGAUUAGGAUUUAUCAGAUUAAGAAUCUUAAAAUAAUAAUUAAUUUGUUAAAACUGACUUAUAAAACUUUAUUAAAAUUUAAAUUGCAUAAAACAAAAACCAUAAGGUUAUUAAAUUAGAAAAUAUAACAAAUUAAAUGAGGUAAUUAAUUAAAAAGCAGUUAUUACUUUAAGUUAAUUUGGUAGAUGAUGAAAUUGAAUUGAUAUCUUAAAAUAAUUUACUUUACAUGCAGAUAAAUCAAUAAAAUACACCAAUUAGAUUAAAUUCAUAAGAUCAUAUUUAAUUAGGAGAUCUCAAAUUUGUAUAUUAAAGAUUCAAUUUAGGAUAAAUUUCAGAUUAAGGCACAAGAAAGAAUAACGAAGAUGGAAUUUUAAUAAUAGAAAAUUUAUAAAUAAGCAAAGAAUAUAAAAGCUCUUUACUAUGUGUCAUAGAUGGUUAAGGAGGAAAUAAGUGCACUAAAUUUAUAAUAGAUAAUUUGGAAAAAAUUAUAAAAGACUAAUUUAAGUCUUGCUAAAUAGAGUUUAAUGAUGAGUACUUUAAUUAAAAAGUAGUAGAUAACCUCAAAUAAAUUAUUUUUGAAUUAGAUUUAAAAUUUUUAAAUAAAUAUCCAAACGUUUCAAAACUUUGUGGAGCCACGAUAGCUCUUAGCCUUAUUUUAGGAAAUAGAUUGUUUACUGGAUGGUUGGGUGAUUGCUAAUCUUUAAUUUUUUCUGAAAGCAAAAUAAUUAGAUUAACUAAUGAUCACAUUCCUUCAAGAUAGGAUGAAGUAAAUAGAAUAGAAAACUCAGGAGGUUUCAUUUAAGAUGAUAGAUUAUAAGGAACUGUUACUAUAUCUAGAUGCUUAGGAUAAUUUGAGUACAAAAAUAUUGAUGAAUAUCAAUAAAAAAAAUUCUAUCCAACAAAUAAAAUAUGUGAUUUAAAAAGCUUGAUUUCUAGUGAGUUAGAAAUAACUGUGUAUGAUAUUGACAAUUCAAGAGAUAAAUUUCUUUGUAACUUUACUGAUGGUAUAAUAGAUAAAAUGAGUAUUAAUGAAAUAGUAUCAUUCAUUGAAUCUUCUGUUUCAAACUAAAGAAGUCCUUAACAGAUAUGCUAAGAUUUAAUAAAUUAAGCAUCAAAAUUAUCAGAAAAAAGAGAUAAUAUGAGCUUAAUUUUACUUUAAUUUGAUUGA